AUCAAAGAUAAGUUUGUAUAGCCUGGAAAUAGACUGCUCACCAGGAUCUUGAUGAAAAUAGAAACACGUCAUUAAAACAUUUCCACUCCUGAAGAAGGCUGAAUUCUGUGAACAAGUUCCGAGAUGGCAGGUGAUCAUGAUGAUGUGUAUAUAUGCCACCAUGAGAGUGAUAAGAAGUUUGCACAAUUUCUUGCUGAGAAUUUGAGAAAGAAAAGCUUAAAAGUAUGGGAACCAGACAGUGAUGCCCCAUCCGGCAAAGGAAAAGCUCUCGUCAAUGCACAGGUGUGCAUUGUGAUCUUGAGUGAGGAAUCUCUACAAGAUAAGGCCUGUGAGGAUGCCAUCUCACUGGCGUAUAUAUCAGACAAACCAGUCUUUCCUGUGGCCAUCAAGGACUUUCCAGAUCUGGAAAAGUGUCUUUCCUUCUCCAUGAGGCUAAUAUUGGCCAAACUGAACUGGGUCUUCUUCAUAGCAUCCAGCAACUCGUCUGGGUUCCCCACAGAAUCUCUGCCUGUCCUCAUUUCAUCCAUAAAACGAGAGAUAGAAGCAGUCUCACAUCGGAACAAGCCCCAGGCCGGGGAGAUCGAGGGCAAUCUUGAGGGGGGCAGUUCACAGCGUGCCUUCUACAAGCGAUGGAACAGUGUGCAAGACGACGUUGAGCAGAUCGACUUCUGGGAGGAGAACUUUGGGAGUGCUAAAGAAGUCACAUGGAUUAAAUUCAGAGAAGCUUUCUUAGACGUCUAUGAGGAGCAAAUAAAUGAACACAUUACAUCGACCAAGACCCAGUGGAUCGUCAACAUUCUGUACGGAGAUGUCCUGGAACUCAAGAAGACCGUUGCAAAGAAGAUGUACGAUAACUUCUGCGGAGACGCCUCCUGGGGUCCUGAUCGAUUCUUCCUACGCCUGAUGGACUACGCGAAGGGAACCAUUGCCAUGCGAGGGGUGUUUGACAUGAAGAGUACAGUCAGACUGGAUGCUGUGCAGAACCUUGGUCAGUUCCGUACAGCACCUGUGAUUACAUCUCUAAUGUCUUUGCUCGAUGACAAGGAUGCUAAUAUGAGAGCUGUUGCCGCCAUCGCUUUGGGCAAGACAGAAGUGAGAAGCAAACGAGUGGUGACUAAGCUGAUUUCUAAACUGACAGAUGAAGAUCGAUUGGUGAGAGAAGCGACAAGUUUAUCCCUUGGUCAUCUCAAAGCCAAGUCUGCUGUACCCAAGCUGGUCGAAAGAUGGAGAAGUGAUGUGAUAUCGGAUGUGAGGCAAGCAGCUGAGAUAGCACUGGAGCAGGUGGGUUCUGAAGAGUCUCAAGAUGCGCUCCGGAUGACAUACCUGCUCUCCAAGGAGAUGGCAAAACUUGAGGCUGAAGAGGUCAGCUAGACACAGAGGGCGACAUUUGUUGGGAUGCGUGAGAGGGGUAGUACUGCCACUAGAAGAGGCAAGCAGUGGUUCAACUUUUGUACCAAUCAAGGGGGCUGUUUCACACAGAUCUUAAGGUGAACUUAUCUUUAAGUUGGACUUGAGCCAUUAGCAUCUAUGAAAAUAUUUUGUACAAGUAAUUUUAUAAGGCAUAAUGAUGAUUCAAAUAAUAUAUAUUUUCUAUUAUCAAGGAGAUUUCAUGUUCUUGAUGUGGAAUUAAUAACAAAUCUAAAUACUUUAGAAUUUUCGCUUUCAAAUAUAUAUAUUUUUUAAGGCUACGAAUGGCUCUCAAUCAUUUUUAAGUCCAACUUAGAGUUAAGUUCGACUUAUGAUCUUCGAGAAAAAACCCCAAGGACACCUAGAUAGCAGCUAGAAAGUGUAUAAGUUGGCUUGAAAGGAGAAGGAUUGAGGGUUCUUGUAUUUGAUGAGAUAUAGAGUCCGGGGAGCCGGAAUAAAGAGAUACACUCAA